GCCCUGCCCUUGGUGCUCACUGUGCACCAGGAGUGACUGGUGUGAGCAAGCAAAGACUCGGUCCAACUGUCCUGGGCUGAGUCAGGCUGUGGUGCGGGAGCCCUGGAUGGCCCCUAAGCCAGCCCCAGGGAGGACGAUGGUGCCCCUUGUGCCUGCACUUGUGGUGCUCGGCUUGGUGGCAGGCACCCACGGCGACAGCAAGCCUGUCUUCAUUAAGGUCCCUGAGGACCAGACCGGGCUGUCGGGAGGAGUGGCCUCCUUCGUGUGCCAGGCCACAGGGGAGCCCAAGCCACGCAUUACUUGGAUGAAGAAGGGGAAGAAAGUCAGCUCCCAGCGCUUUGAGGUAAUUGAGUUUGACGACGGGGCAGGGUCAGUGCUACGGAUCCAGCCGCUGAGGGUGCUGCGAGACGAAGCCAUCUACGAGUGCACAGCCACCAACAGCCUGGGAGAGAUCAACACGAGUGCCAAGCUGUCUGUGCUGGAAGAGGACCAGCUGCCUGCUGGCUUCCCCUCCAUCGACAUGGGACCUCAGCUGAAGGUGGUCGAGAAGGCACGCACGGCCACCAUGCUGUGCGCCGCCGGUGGCAACCCAGACCCGGAGAUCUCCUGGUUCAAGGACUUCCUCCCAGUGGAUCCCACCACCAGCAAUGGCCGCAUCAAGCAACUGCGUUCAGGUGGUUCACCAAUCCGAGGUGCCUUGCAGAUUGAGAGCAGCGAGGAGUCGGACCAAGGCAAGUACGAGUGUGUGGCCACCAACUCCGCAGGCACACGCUACUCGGCCCCGGCGAACCUGUACGUGCGAGAUCAGCGAGAAGUGCGCCGGGUGGCUCCUCGCUUCUCCAUCCCCCCCAGCAGCCAGGAGGUGAUGCCAGGUGGCAGCGUGAACCUGACCUGCGUGGCCGUGGGCGCGCCCAUGCCCUACGUGAAGUGGAUGAUGGGGGCCGAAGAGCUCACCAAGGAGGAUGAGAUGCCAGUGGGCCGCAACGUGCUAGAGCUCAGCAACGUCAUCCGCUCCGCCAACUACACCUGCGUGGCCAUCUCCUCGCUGGGCAUGAUCGAGGCCACGGCCCAGGUCACGGUGAAAGCUCUGCCCAAGCCUCCAGCUGACCUUGUGGUGACAGAGACGACUGCCACCAGCGUCACCCUGACCUGGGACUCUGGGAACGCAGAGCCCGUGUCCUACUACGGCAUCCAGUACCGGGCCUCGGGCACAGAGGGCCCCUUCCAGGAGGUGGACGGGGUGGCCACCACCCGCUACAGCAUUGGGGGGCUCAGCCCUUUCUCGGAAUACGCCUUCCGCGUGCUGGCGGUGAACAGUAUCGGACGAGGACCCCCCAGUGAGGCGGUGCAGGCCCGCACUGGUGAGCAGGCGCCCUCCAGCCCGCCGCGGCGCGUGCAGGCGCGCAUGCUCAGCGCCAGCACCAUGCUGGUGCAGUGGGAGCCCCCUGAGGAACCCAACGGCCUGGUGCGGGGCUACCGUGUCUACUAUACCCCGGACUCCCGCCGCCCCCUGAGCUCCUGGCACAAGCACAACACUGACGCGGGGCUCCUCACCACGGUGGGCAGCCUGCUGCCUGGCAUCACCUACAGCCUGCGGGUGCUCGCCUUCACCGCUGUGGGUGACGGCCCUCCCAGCCCCACCAUCCAAGUCAAGACCCAGCAGGGAGUGCCAGCGCAGCCCGCGGACUUCCAGGCCGAGGCGGAAUCAGACACUAGGGUCCAGCUGUCAUGGCUGCUGCCCCCCCAGGAGCGGAUCAUCAAGUAUGAGCUGGUGUACUGGGCGGCCGAGGAGGAAGGCCAACAGCACAAAGUGACCUUCGACCCCACUUCCUCCUACACGCUGGAGGACCUGAAGCCCAACACCCUGUACCACUUCCAGCUGGCGGCCCGCUCCGACCUGGGCGUGGGCGUCUUCACCCCCACCAUUGAGGCUCGCACAGCACAGUCCACUGUGUUUGCCAAGAACUUCCGCGUGGCGGCUGCAAUGAAGACGUCGGUGCUGCUCAGCUGGGAGAUCCCCGACUCGUACAAGUCUGCGGUCCCCUUCAAGAUCCUUUACAACGGGCAGAGUGUGGAGGUGGACGGGCACCUGAUGCGGAAGUUGAUCGCAGACCUGCAGCCGAACACAGAGUACUCAUUUGUGCUGAUGAGCCGGGGCAGCAGCGCCGGGGGCCUACAGCACCUCGUGUCCAUCCGCACGGCCCCCGACCUCCUGCCGCACAAGCCACAGCCUGCCUCUGCCUACAUCGAGGACGGCCGCUUCACCCUGUCCAUGCCCCUGGUGCAGGACCCCUCCCUUGUCAGGUGGUUCUACAUCGUGGUGGUGCCCAUUGACCGGGAGGGCGGGAACAUGCUGACGCCGCGCUGGAGCACCCCUGAGGAGCUGGAGCUGGACGAGCUCCUGGAAGCCAUCGAGCAGGGCGGCGGGCAGCGGCGGCGGCGACAGUUGGAGCGGACCAAGCCCUAUGUGGCCGCCCAGGUGGACGUGCUUCCUGAGACCUUCACCCUGGGGGACAAGAAGAACUACCAGGGCUUCUACAACCGGCCCCUGUCUCCGGACCUGAGCUACCAGAGCUUUGUGCUCGCCUCCCUGAAGGAGCCUGUGGACCAGAAGCGCUAUGCCUCCAGUCCCUACUCGGAUGAGAUUGUGGUCCAGGUGACACCAGCCCAGCAGCAAGAGGAGCCCGAGAUGCUAUGGGUGACAGGCCCGGUCCUGGCGGUCAUCCUCAUCAUCCUUAUUGUCAUCGCCAUCCUCCUGUUCAAGAGGAAAAGGACCCACUCCCCGUCCUCGAAGGAUGAGCAGUCGAUCGGGCUGAAGGACUCCUUGCUGGCCCACUCCUCUGACCCCGUGGAGAUGCGGAGGCUCAAUUACCAGACCCCAGGUAUGCGAGACCACCCGCCCAUCCCCAUCACUGACCUGGCAGACAACAUCGAGCGCCUCAAAGCCAACGAUGGCCUCAAGUUCUCCCAGGAGUAUGAGUCCAUUGAUCCCGGGCAGCAGUUCACGUGGGAGAAUUCCAACCUGGAGGUGAACAAGCCUAAGAACCGCUACGCAAACGUCAUCGCCUACGACCACUCUCGGGUCCUCCUUACCUCCAUCGAUGGCGUGCCCGGGAGUGACUACAUCAAUGCCAACUACAUCGACGGCUACCGCAAGCAGAAUGCCUACAUUGCCACGCAGGGGCCACUGCCCGAGACCCUGGGCGACUUCUGGCGCAUGGUGUGGGAGCAGCGCACGGCCACUGUGGUCAUGAUGACGCGGCUGGAGGAGAAGUCCCGGGUAAAAUGCGAUCAGUACUGGCCAGUCCGUGGCGCUGAGACCUAUGGCCUCAUUCAAGUGACCCUGCUGGACACGGUGGAGUUGGCCACCUACACUGUGCGCACCUUUGCGCUCCACAAGAGCGGCUCCAGUGAGAAGCGGGAGCUGCGGCAGUUCCAGUUCAUGGCCUGGCCAGAUCACGGCGUGCCCGAGUACCCGACGCCCAUCCUGGCCUUCUUGCGGCGGGUCAAGGCCUGCAACUCCCUGGACGCAGGGCCCAUGGUGGUGCAUUGCAGCGCGGGCGUGGGCCGCACGGGCUGCUUCAUCGUCAUCGAUGCCAUGCUGGAGCGGAUGAAGCACGAGAAGACGGUGGACAUCUACGGCCACGUGACCUGCAUGCGGUCGCAGCGGAACUACAUGGUGCAGACGGAGGACCAGUACGUGUUCAUCCAUGAGGCGCUGCUGGAGGCCGCCACCUGCGGCCACACGGAGGUGCCCGCCCGCAACCUCUACGCCCACAUCCAGAAGCUGGGCCAGGUGCCGCCCGGGGAGAGCGUCACUGCCAUGGAGCUGGAAUUCAAGUUGCUGGCCAGCUCCAAGGCCCACACGUCCCGCUUCAUCAGCGCCAACCUGCCCUGCAACAAGUUCAAGAACCGCCUGGUGAACAUCAUGCCCUACGAGCUGACCCGCGUGUGCCUGCAGCCCAUCCGGGGCGUGGAGGGCUCCGACUACAUCAACGCCAGCUUCCUGGAUGGCUACAGACAGCAGAAGGCCUACAUCGCCACACAGGGGCCCCUGGCGGAGAGCACGGAGGACUUCUGGCGCAUGCUGUGGGAGCACAACUCCACCAUCAUCGUCAUGCUGACCAAGCUGCGGGAGAUGGGCAGGGAGAAGUGCCACCAGUACUGGCCCGCAGAGCGCUCCGCGCGCUACCAGUACUUCGUGGUCGACCCGAUGGCUGAGUACAACAUGCCUCAGUACAUCCUGCGGGAGUUCAAGGUCACCGAUGCCCGGGAUGGGCAGUCGAGGACCAUCCGGCAGUUCCAGUUCACAGACUGGCCGGAGCAGGGCGUGCCCAAGACGGGCGAGGGCUUCAUCGACUUCAUCGGGCAGGUGCACAAGACCAAGGAGCAGUUCGGGCAGGACGGGCCCAUCACGGUGCACUGCAGCGCCGGCGUGGGUCGCACCGGGGUGUUCAUCACACUAAGCAUCGUCCUGGAGCGCAUGCGUUACGAGGGCGUGGUCGACAUGUUCCAGACCGUGAAGACCUUGCGCACGCAGCGCCCCGCCAUGGUGCAGACGGAGGACCAGUACCAGCUGUGCUACCGCGCAGCCCUGGAGUACCUCGGCAGCUUUGACCACUAUGCAACGUAACUACCGCCCCUCUCCUCCGCUGGCCCCACCCCAGGGCGGGGCUCCGGAGGGGACCGCUCCUCUGAGCCAUACCGACCAUCGUCCAGCCCUCCCGCACAGACGCUGUCGCGGGCAGAGCCUAGCCCGCCAGGAUCACAGCGUUUCAGGAACAUUGCCACACCAAACGGAGAGCCCAGACCCCGGGGCAGCGGGCGGCUAGCCAAGGUGGAGGCCACCGCCGCUGGCGCCUCUGCCACCUCUCCGACCGCGCCACCACCGCGUUUCUCAUGCUUCUUCUCAUGGGGUGGGAUGGGCGGAAGCCCUCUGGGUUUUUAUACAUUCAGUGGGAUAGACUGAGGGAUCCUAAGCUCUUCCCUCGGAUUUCCUUUUGCAAAUCCUUCGCUGCGCAGCGGGCCAGCAAGAGAGGGUCCCGAGUGCUUCGUUUUCCUUUCUGAAUUCGCAGUGGGCCCUUUCUCUGUACGGCGCCCGCUGAUGACCCGGAAUACAAUGUGGGAAGGACAGAGUCUGGCCUCGUGGGUGCGGGGCCAGGAGGUGACACUGGUCCCUGCUUUUCCUGCCCUCCCAAGAAGAUCCUGUCUCGUCCAAAUGCAGGGAAACACGCUCUUCUUUCCUUUGUUAAGCCUUGUUUAGUUUUCCUUCAGAGGCUUUUUCUGAGGCCCCACAGACAGUGGCGGGCAGGGGGCGGGGGGGAUACAGGAGACGCUCACCCCCAGUGGUCGGUCUGUCCCAGUGCGUACCUGACAUUCACAGCCCAGACCAGAGCCGGGUCUGGGGGCCUGUCUAGGCCAUCCUCAUCACCAUCGUGUUUGCAAAAGUUAAAAGCAAAAACAAAACACACACACACACAAAUCAACAGAGAAAGGAGAGUCAUCUCCAGUCCUUACUUCCAGCCCCCCACAAGAGGGGCUGACUUGGGGCCCUGGGGCUCUGCCCAUGGGGCCGCAGAGCCCUGCUUGGGUCUGUCCCCAGUGUUGCAGCACGGUGGGUUUGGGGGUCACAGGCCUGACUGCUGGCCUAGGAGAGUAGCACACGUCGGCGUGGCCGGCCCUUCCGGUCCAGGCCAGUGGGCCUGGGAGCACACGGCCGCCCUCAGAGGCGAGGUGGGGCCAGGUGCCUGGCUGCCCUGCUCCACAGCAUUGUCAAACCCCAAGAAGCCUUCUUCCCCACCCCUUGGCAGUGCCCUCAUAGCCAAUGUGGCAAGACUACUGGACUCCUCUUCUCGGUACUGUAAUCAACCCGUGCUCUCGGCCUGCUGAGGGGUGGGAAGAGGGCCUCUUCCUCUGGCAGCACUAUCUAGGUAGGUAAGUGGGGGCGGGGAAGGGUGCAUAGCUGGUGUAGCCAAGGGACUUGAUGCAGACAGGGCCGCCUCUCGCUGGGGUCGGUCCGAUCCACAAUCCAGGGUUGAUAAUGUUGGAUGAGACAUUCAUUUUUACCUUGUGGAUGCUAGUGCUGUAGAGUUCACUGUUGUACACAGUCUGUUUUCUAUUUGUUAAGGGGAAAAACUACAGCAUCAUUGCAUAAUUCUUGAUGGUAAUAAAUUUGAAUAAUCAGAUUUCUUACAAA